AUGAGCCACCGGAUGAUGAUGAGUCCGGUGAAGGUGGAGGGCCGCCGCUGCCCCGACCCCGACCCGGCGGCGGCCGCAGGCGGAGGGGCGCCGAGGCCGAUGGACGGGCUGGGCGACGCCGGGCCCACGCCGUUCCUCGCCAAGACCUACGACAUGGUCGACGACCCCGCCACCGACGCCGUCGUCUCCUGGACCGCCACCAGCAACAGCUUCGUCGUCUGGGACCCGCACCUCUUCGCCACCCUGCUGCUGCCGAGGUACUUCAAGCACAGCAACUUCUCCAGCUUCGUCCGGCAGCUCAACACCUAUGGCUUCAGAAAGGUGGAUCCUGACAGGUGGGAAUUUGCAAAUGAGGGAUUCUUGCGAGGGCAGAGGCACCUCCUCAGAAAUAUUAAGCGCCGGAAACCUACACAUGGGUCUCAGAAUCAGCAAUCUCUUGGCUCUUACCUUGAGGUGGGGAACUUUGGACAUGACGUGGAGAUAGAUCAUUUGAAAAGGGACAAGCAGCUCUUGAUGGCUGAAGUGGUGAAGCUCAGACAGGAGCAACAGAACACAAGGUCAGAUCUGCAAGCCAUGGAAAAGAGGCUGCAAGGAACCGAGCAGAAGCAACAGCAGAUGAUGUCAUUCUUGGCGCGAGUCAUGCAGAAUCCCAUGUUCAUACGCCAGCUGAUCUCCCAGAGUGAGAUGAGGAAGGAGCUUGAAGAUGCCAUCUCAAAUAAAAGACGGCGCCGCAUCGACCAAGGACCUGAAGCUGUCGAUGGCAUGGGCACUGGCUCUACCCUGGAACAAGGGUCACAGGUAAUGUUUGAGAAGCAGGAGCCAGUGGACUCGCUCGUGAACGGUGUCAUAUCCGAUCUUGAAAGCUCGUCCGUCGACACAAAGGGAGCUGAGGUGCAGCAGAGUGUCGCUUCCAGCCGUUCGGAGCAACUGAGAGGCAGGCCCAGUGGAGAGCUAAAUGAUGAUUUCUGGGAGGACCUGCUGCAUGAAGGGGGGCUCGGCGAGGAGGCCAGCAACCUUGUGGUUCCAGAUGACAUGAACUUGUUGGCUCAGAAGAUGGACUAG